CAGGGCGGUGCUGUCCCUCCCCGGGCGGUGCUGUUCUCUGCUGUUCUCUGCUGUUCUCUCGCUGUUCUCUCGCCGCUCUGUGCUCCCGGGCGCGGCCGGCCCCGCUCGGCCAUGCGGGCGGGCUGAGCGGCGCCGCCGCCGCCUGUCCCGGGCGAGGAUGGCCUCCAAUUUCAACGACAUCGUCAAGCAGGGCUACGUGCGCAUCCGGAGCCGGCGGCUGGGGAUUUACCAGAGAUGCUGGUUAGUGUUCAAAAAGGCUUCAAGCAAAGGGCCCAAGAGGCUGGAGAAGUUCUCAGAUGAACGAGCUGCUUACUUCAGGUGCUACCACAAGGUCACGGAGCUCAGUAACGUGAAGAAUAUCUCGAGGCUGCCCAAAAGCACCAAGAAACACGCAGUGGGCAUUUAUUUCAGUGAUGACACCUCCAGGACCUUUGCUUGUGACUCAGAGCUUGAGGCAGAUGAGUGGUGCAAGGUGCUGCAGAUGGAGUGCCUGGGAACACCAAUUAAUGACAUUAGCCUUGGAGAGCCUGACUUGUUGGCAUCUGGAGUAGAGAGGGAGCAGAGUGAGAGAUUCAAUGUGUAUUUGAUGCCAUCCCCUAAUUUAGAUGUGCAUGGGGAAUGUACCUUGCAGAUAACAUUUGAGAAUAUCUGUCUUUGGGACAUCCAGAAUCCCAGAGUCAAACUGGUCUCGUGGCCACUCAGUGCCCUGCGGCGCUACGGGCGGGACCCAGCCUGGUUCACCUUCGAGGCAGGCAGGAUGUGUGACACGGGAGAGGGGCUGUUCAUCUUCCAGACGCGGCACGGCGAGGCCAUCUACCAGAAGGUGCACGCGGCUGCCCUGGCCAUCGCCGAGCAGCACGAGCGGCUGCUGCAGAGCGCCAAGGAUGCCAUGCUGCAGCUGAGGAGGAGCGAGCGGGCAGUGUCCCUGAGCACCGUGGUGCCCCUGCCCCGCAGCGCCUACUGGCACCACAUCACCCGCCAGCACAGCACGGGCCAGCUGCUGGGGCUGCCAGGUGUUUCCAGCCCGCUGAAGCUGCACCGCACGGACACGUUCCCAGCCUGCAGGUCAGAGCCCCGAUAGAAAUCCAGCAGAGCUCCUCCAGCUCUUCCUCUGGCCAGCUGCCCCAGGGCACACCAGUGCUGCUGGGAACGCACACAAGCUCAGCUUGGAUGAAAAGUUCUUGCAAUACAAAGGAUUUUUUAAACUUUGCCAAAAGCAGAAACCCUUCCGUGGAUGCUGGGGAGAGGAACCAAGCCACCAACCCCUCUGGUGUAUCUUUUAUAUACACUGGGCAGAGAAGAAAUCACUCCCUGAACACUUCCCACUGAUUUUGUAUGAUAGGUAUGUUGUAAAUAUGUGAGACUCCUGCUGUAGUGUGGUUAUUUUGUCUCCUGACACUGGUUUGUGGCAGUGCUUAUCUUCAGUUAUUCCCAUCAUUGUUACCCUGUUCCUGAUCUCUGGAAUGGUGGCCAGUUUGAAGCAGCUCUUGGAUACAAUUUUUCCUGUUUGAAGACUUGAUUGAUUUCUUUUAAAACAAUCUCCUCUUUCCUGUAUUUAUUUCCAUCCCUGUAAACAUCGAAAAUAAAAAAAGUCCCAUGCAA